AUGGACAUUGAAUUCUAUAGACUAGGCAAGAAAAUGAUUAAGAUAUCCAAUAAGUUAACUAAAAAUAGGAUACUUAACUUUUUAAACCCUAAAUUCUGGGAGGAGUAAUAUCACCAAGAAAAUGAAUCGAAACUCAUAAAUACUAAAUCUAAGAAUUCCAAGAUUGAAAAAAUUGAUAAUAUCAAACAAUAAUCUCAAGAAGAUAACUCUAAUACCCUUGAACAUAAAGCAUCUGCUAUUUAUGAUUAAGAUGACUCAGAUGAUGAUGAAAAUAUCUACUAGAUUGACUAACUAUUCGAUUUCAUCUAUUAUUAAGAGAGUUAUAUGAGAAAUAAUAAUAAUCAGUUGUAGUUUGAGCCAAAUGUUCGUACUAUAAUUGGCAAUUUCUGUUCAUAUUUGAAGACCAAUUACGAAGCGAUUUAUGCAGGCACAGUAUUAAUGUGUCUUUAAGAUGAGCUUGAGAAAUAACAAGCUAGCAAUGAAAAUAGUAAGAACCAUUAGUUGAGUUUCAAAGAAGACUUUGACAGAAUUAAAUCUACUAUGACUCAAUGUAGAUUUAGAAUGGAUAUCAGCUUUUUGAUAUUGCUAAUAAAUUCACUUAAGAAAUAAGGAAAGAUUAUUGAUGGUGAUGAAAUGAGCUAAGAAAAAUUCAAGCAUGCUAUUGACGAUGUUUUCAACAAAUUAAUUAGAAGGAACUUUUAAUAAUUUUAGCCUGAUCCUGAAUUUUUUAUCUUCAAACACAGUAAACUUGACGAGGAUUUGGUUAAGGAACUUAGUACUCCAAUAAAAGGAGAUAAAAAAUCUCCAAUCAACUUCUCAAAUGAUAAUGUAGAGGAUAGUCUAAAUUAUUUAGUUGAUUUAUGGGGAACCAAAGACUCUUACUCUGAUUCUGAGGAUGCUAGUGAUAACAUUAGGAAGCCUAAUAGAGAUGCGCUCAAAGCAUUAGGAAUUGAAUAGAUUUAUGAUUCAGGAAAGCGGCUAUUGUUUAAAGUUAACGUAGUUAUUAGAGAUUGCCAAGGUAAAAAAGUAGUAGAUUAAUAACUUGAGAAAAUUUCUGAUAUUUUUCUUAAAUACGAUCACUUGAUAUAAGAUGUCUGUUCUGAGCUCGUAGAGAAGGUGAAAUUUAUGGAGGAAGAGAAAAUGAUUGCCAGUAAAAACAAGGAUGCGAUUCUUAAAGGGCUUAAAAUGAUGUAUGAGAUGAGAGAUUAAUCCCCUAAAUUAGACCUAGACUGGAAUAUGAAGAAGUAGUGUGAUGUUAGGGAUAUAUAAUCAUCAAUAGAAAUAUACUUUUCAUUCUAUACUAUCCCAUAGUAUAUUGGGUUAAUUAGAGAUUAGGAUUUAGACUUCCUUUGCCAAGAAAAGGAUGAAAUCCUUGUGAAUGAUGAUGAUCAUGAGGAUCUAAUUAGAGUCACCAAGCUCAUGGAUUAUCUCUAAUAUGGUGAUAAUACUGAAAAAAGAAUAGCAAAUGAGGAUAUUAGAUUUUAAGAUCUAUACAAGCCAUUCAAUAAAAAGCAAUUAGUUAAAAGCAUUCCUUACUACUUUAAAAGAACUAGCGAGGCAGACAAUAGUCUUUUUCAAAAAGAUUACAAUGUCUUUUAUUACGAUGAGAUUCAAAGAAAACUAAUAUAUGGAAUACUUAGGAGGACUUAUGCCCUAAUGGCUUAAAAUCUCCUAGAAUAUGCUACUUAGAUAAAACCAGUUGAUUAGCUUAAUGUGGCUUUAGUUUAAAAGUAUAUGGGAUCGCUAUUAUUCAAUUAGAGAUAGUUAUCUAGAGUGGUAGUUAUGAGCAAUCUUGGGUCUAAAAUUAAAGAGUAGGCAAUUUAGAUUCUUAAGGAAGAUUUAAAAAGCUCGAAAAUUCUAAAUAAUUUAUGCAUUACUGAUAAGAAUCACGACAUAUACAUAAUAAAAACUUAGACUGAAUUCUAAAACUUUUAUCUCAAACACCAAUUACCAGAUAAUGAACAAGUUCCUUUCAAUUAUGAUCAAGAGGAAGAAAGAUCUAGCAUUUAUAGGGAGUAAUCUCCUUAUUUCAGAUAAAUUAGCCAUUUGAGUAAGAGUACUUAAGAUGAUUUCUAGAUUCCCUUUUGGCUUAUGUUCCAGAUCCAAGAUUCAGAUGAAAAUAACGGAGAGAUUAGACUAAAUAUUACUUAUCACUUGCCUCGCUAUAAAAUGCACUCAUUCCUUAAUCAAUAAGGUAUUGAAACUGAAAUGAACAGAACCAUGCAACUUAUCAGUAAUAGGAUUCGAACUAUUCUUUUAUUACAAAUAGUAAGGGAUACACGUGAAAUGCCUCAAAGGUUAGUCUUGAAUGAUAAUUCUUAAAGAAGAGGAACUAUUGGUUCAGCAAUCUCAAGAAUUGAAUUUUCCAAGUUCUAGUCAUACUCUAUGAUUUCUACCAUAAAAACUCAAAAUAGAAUGGAAAAUGCGAAAAAUCUAAAUGAAAGGUUCCUUUAAAAUGACUCAAACCAUUCCCCAAUUUCCACUACAAAAAAUACUCAUAUGACAACUAAUUUGACAGAGACAAAGAAUACAUAAGCAUAGCAAAACUAAUAGUAAAGCAAAAAUUAGACAUACACAUCAAGAUUUAAGAUGAGAAUGGAAAAGUUUAAUAAGUAAAAGCCUGAAAAUAAGGAAAUGACUGAAAACAAUAAUAAUGGAAAUGAUAAAUCUGUUUCAGCAAAUGAAGAUGACAGCAAGAGAAAUUUAGAUUAGGAAAUUAAGGUAGAGGAGAUUCCAAAGCCAUAGCAAUUCAAAGUUAAUUUGAUGCAUGAAUAUUCAUUCCCUAUUGAGUAUCAUUCAAUAAGAAUAGAUGAGAUUUUGAAGAAUUUUAGGCACAUGCUUUAUAUGUUUACUGGGGUUGAAGGAUUCAAUAAUCUUUAUGUUACCAAAAUAGGCUAGAAUGUUCUUUUGAUUAAGUUCUAAGGAAAGCAAAACUAAGAACCUGCUAAUACACAAAAGCAUCAAAAUCAAAAUUCGGGUAGAUCAUUUUCAAAUGGAAAUAAUGUCUUUAUUGAAACGCAUAACUUCGUGAAUGAUGAGUAUAUUAAUAAUAAUACUCCUAAUUAAAGCCAAUAAAUGAAAAAUUCUGUCUAUAAUCAAGGAAGUACAGUAAAUUAGUUCAGUAAGCCAUCUAAUUAAAUCAUCAUGGAAAUCUAUGGAGCUUAUCCCUUAAACCAGUAACAGAUGGAUCCUUUGGUUCAUUAAAUUGAAAGUGUGAUUAAGAAAAUCAUUUUCGAGAGGAUUCUUUAAAACUCAUAACUAAGCACUGGCUAACUAUCUAGAGACGACCUUAAUUAUAUUUAAGAAGCAGAUUAGAAAAUUUUUGUAUUGUUCCCAAUCAGCGAUCAUAUUCUUGAUAAAUAUGCGCUUCUGAGAUAUCUGAGGCAAAACCUAUCUAGAUAUCUUUAUUCAGUUACUUUAAAAGGAGACUAAGCUAGUAACACAAUUUAAGCUCAGAAUACUUUGAAUAGUGCAGGUGUAUCAAGUGCUGGGCUUAAUAUGAACUAGAGUCAUUCCAAACUAUUAAUUAAUAAGCAAGAAUCAUUUGGAGUUUUACCACCAACAUUCCUAUCAGAAAUACAAAAAGUUCACAGAUAAAGUAGUGUCAGCUCUGGAGAUGAAGCAUUCCUUAGCAAUAGGUAAGAUCCUAAUUAGAAUAUAGUUCAAAGUGAAAGCUAAUAGUAAGAAAGCAAGAUACUUAUUCAAGGAGCUGAAAGUUAAAAUAGCUAUUCUGAUAACUCCUCUGAAUGUUAAAUUUAGAGUCAAGAGAAAUAAAUAGUAUUCAAGCCAGAUGAUUUUCUCCUUUUAUAUAAUAGCAAAAUGACCUUGGGAUAGUCCUAAAAAAAUAAGCAGAUAUAGGAUAAAAUGAAAAUCUAUACAAUAGAAAGUAUUUUCAGAGCAGCUCUGGCAACGAUAAAUCUUUAUGUUUUAAACUAGCUUGACGAGGAUAUAAUAAACCUUAACGACAAAGAUCAUUUAAACCUAAAAGUAGAUUACUAGGAUAAACUUAUGAAACAUGUUUAAAAGGUAUUUGACACUGAUUUGAUUUAAGAUGAAGAUGAGUAUAACUCCAAGACCCUCGUUGGUUUGCAUACAUUUGCUUGCUAAGUCUAAUCCUGCAACUCUAAUUACAAAUCCCAACUCCCAUUAGUUUAUAAAUACAAUAAGGAUUCUCUUGAAAUGGAGGAUAACAUAGCUACUAGACAUGCUGAGAAAUUCUAUCUGAUUAAUAAUGAAUUUGAAAUUCCACUACCGCAUAAUAAGUUAGCAAACCAAAAGUACUUAAUGAUAAAAAUGAGCAUUCUGGGAUCCCUUUAUGAGGAACUAUUCAUAAAGAACUUGAUUCUUAAUGUAAAUCAGGCUUUUAAUGAGCUUAUGAUAGAGCAUUAGAUUACAAGAUCUUUUAAUGUAUUCGUCCAAAGUGAUUUGCUGUUGAAUGAAGCAGUUACUAAUCUUUCUCAUAGAAACUCUUACUCAUAAAAUUUUGUUGAUCCUAACUAAUUAAUAGAAAAGAAAAAGACAGAGAAGAAGACAAGUCACAAGAGUUAGUUUGUAUAGAGAGUAGAAAAAAUAGAAAACUUGAUUCAAUAGGGCAAAGUUACCAUAACAAAUAUUGUUAAUGAAAUGGAGAAAAUUGUAUACGGAGACUCAAAUGACUUCUUUAUUACCUUAAUAUUCUGCCUGAUUACUCACUAUCAUUAGGAAUUUAAAAGUUAAAUCUAAAAAUAGAGAUUGAUACUAAAGGAAUUUAAGGAGGACUAUGGAAUUGUACUAGUUAUUGAGUUACUAAACAAGACGACUAACAAAAAGGAUAAAACUAUUUACUUCAAUAUUUCCUCAGAGUUGCAAGUUUCUUAAUACGAGAUAAUUUAUAAGGAGUUGAAGCAAUACCUAAGUCGAACAAACACUGUACUCAGAAACAUACACCCAACAUUCAAAUUAGUUAUAGCUUCCUUAAAGUUUAAUUAAGACAUUUUUAGGUCAUAGGACAAAAGAGAAAACAUUAUAUACAAGCAAUUCUAAGAUUAGAUUUUAUAAUUAGAUGGCCUUAAACCUGAACCAGACCGAACAAUGCUAGAUAUGACUCCUGGUUUGAAAAGUUAUAAUGAUAUCAAAACUCAAGUACAUUUAAACUCGAAAUCCACUGAAGAAGCUAUAUAUUUCUUCAAAAGAAACUUCAUACUAAUCAUAUCACUUUAAGACUAAAAACUGAAUAUGAAAUCCUAUAAUCUUGAUAAAAGGGUGCUUAAACAGACUCAAAAUAUAAUCAAUAAUCAGCUAUAAUGGCAUAAUAAUAGACAGGACUACUUCAAGAAAAUUGUGUCUCAAAAAUUAGGAACUGUAUAUACUUUGAAGGAUUAUUAUUCCUCUAAGUAUCUAAUAAAAGAAUCAAACAUAAAGAAUAUUUUUACUGCUGACAAGUUCAUAUACGAGGAGCCUUCCAAAAUCAUUGAGGGAAAGUAAGUGUAUUAAUUCAAGAGAUAGAGGGGCUCAAGGUCAAGAAAAAGAGGCCCAAGAGGUAAAUAAAUUCAUGAUGAAGAAUAGCUUAUGAAGUAAAGUUAGAAUGUUGCUGAUCAGUAUCUAAAAUCAAUAGAGUCUAAUUUUAUCGUGCUAAAAGAUCUCUAUAAAAGAGUUGGAAUAAAAAAUGAAGGGCCAGACAAGAAGGAAUUGCCUAAAGAACGAAAGAGUAGCUAAGAAAUAAGGAAACUUGCUUCAAAUAAAUUCAAAUCUGCAUUAAAUAGAAGUGGGCAAAAAAUAACAGAGAAGAUCUAUUAAGAGGAUGAGAGUAAUGAUGGAAACAGGAGAAGGAUUGGACCAAAGCCUGUUGUUUCAUUUUAGGAAUUCAUUAAAAACAAAUCAAUGCUAGACUAUCUAUUGAAAAUCAAUAAGAAAACUUAACUUCAUUUAUCUAGUCUCUACGUAAUAUCACCAAGUCUUAGUCCCUCAAGAAUGGAUAAGAUAAUUUGUGAAAAAGAAAAGCUAAGUCAUAAAAUGAGGAGAAAAUAGAAUAAUAAUAUGAGUUAAAAGACAUCAUAUGAUGAGAAGGUCUGCUCUAUAGAUGUUAAUGAUAAGAUUUUGCUUAGCAAUCCAUUGUUCUUCCACGGAACUAAAAUCUAUAGAAUGAUGGCUGGAUUCUUUGCAAAAGUUUAGCAGUCUAAGAGAGCUUCCAUCAUUUAUAAAUAAUCUGAUGUUAAUAAUGCGACUAGUGAGAAGCCAUAAUCAAAGAAAUUUGCAUUGUUCUAGACAUAAUUCAAGGAUCUAAUUUAAUUAGUGGUUGGCAAUAAAGUAAUUUAAGGAAACGAUAUUCCAAUAAACAUUAAGCUCUUGAUCAAUUAAAGCAAACUCCUCUUUUCAAACACUACAAUGCUUUUCUUUGACAAAAGUAUCUACAGCUAAAAGAUAAAUUUAGAUAUAUUAGAAGACAUGAAUAUAUCAUUCAAUGACGAUAAGAGAACUGAUAGUGAGUAUAAGAAGUAUAAAUUUAGAUCGAAGGUAAAUCAUAGUAAUACUGAAAUUAUUCCAUAAUCAACUUAUCACUUCCAAAGUUCUAAUGCUUUAUUAGAGGAUAUUAAAAACCUAUUUUUUGAAGGAUAUACUAAUUUCUUAGUGUAAAAAGCAAGAGCAUAUAAGGCUUAUUAAGGAAAUCUAGAGAUAAGUCCUUAGAUAAUGGCUAACGUGAAGAGUAAAAGAAUCAUUACCCAGACUAAUUUCAAUAACUCUACUAAUUCUAUGAGAAAAUAAACUUAUCUUGAAGAUAAUAUGAUCAAAGUUAAGAAACCUCAAUUGCAUAGAGUCAAGAAAGUAUCAGAAGACUUUAGUUCAGUAGAAAACUUCGGUAACGAUAGAAUAAUGGAGGUGAAUUCUAAUUCUAGCAUCUUGACUAGUCAAAAUACCAGAGACGAAUUCUAGCUUUAGCUUUUUAGCAGAAGAAAUUAGGAGAGAGUUCUUGUCUCACAUUAGUUCAAUGAUUGUCCAGAUCAUAACAAUCUCCAUUCAUACAUCGUGAGAGCAAAAGAUGACUGCAUAUUUAUUUAUGAACUGAACUAUAAUAAUGGCCUUAUAAGGAUCAAUGUUUAUGGGCUUGAGGAUAUUUUGGCUAAUUUCCCAAAACAAAUUCUUAUAAACUUUAAGAAUUUAAAUAGAAAAGAUUUAGGAAAGGAAAAAAAGAGAGAGAUAGUGAAGGAAGAAAUGAGGCUGAGUACAAAACUCAAUACUGAUUCCUUCAAUUAUGACUUCCAUUCUAUUUAGAUAAUGAAUAUCAUUGUAAAUAAUGAAAAACAGAGGAAGGAACUCAAUCUUACCUAAUAUCUAAAUAAUCUAGUGUCCUUUUAUAAAACACCUCCUAAAUAUGCAAGAAAUUAUGUGGACACUGUUAUAUUAAGAAUAGAUCUUGGCUUUUUAAACAUGAUUAAAGAUAAGGAAUUUAUGUAAUACUUUAUGAACAAGAUUGAAAAUUUUGGCUUUAGUUCCUUUGUACUGAAGCACUUUGCCAGCCAUAAAGAUGAGCUCAAAUCACCAUUGAAGAGAUUUUAAAAGGAUAUUAACUAAGAUAACCCGUUCAUUGGAUUUUUCAAAAGCAUAAAUGCGGCUUAGUUGCAGAAAAAUUAAAAGGUUGUGACAAUGCAGUCUUCCAAUAUAUCUGGGAACCAAGAAUCUUAAAAACAAUAGAAGUAGUCUAAAAAUGAUCAAUCAUAAAAACACAAAAAAUUGUAAUCAAGGGUAUAUAGUAUGAUUGAAACCUUAGAGGAAAAUAAGGAAGAAGAAGUCAAGAGAUAGAUGUCUAUAAUUUCUGAUAAGGAGAAAUAUAAUAUCAAAUCUUCCAAGGUCCUCAACAAACUCAAGAAGAAAGAAUAAAAUCCUAGAUACUCCAAAGAAUAUAUGACCACUAAAUUGUAAAAGCAAUUUCUUAACCAACAGAGGCAAAAUCAGCAAAAUAAUGAAGAUUUCUAAUAAGUCAACUUUAAAAAGCUGUUUUAUGUGGAAAUGUAUGAUUCAAAUAUACAUGGAGAAAUAGGACCUUAAGCUGAUACUUACAAAAAGGUUUGGAAUCUAGAGUGUAAAAAACAAGAGUUAAGUGAUAGUUAGAUUAACAUUGAUAACUUCAGCAGGGAUGAAGACUAGGAAACGAAAAAUAAACAAAAAACAAUCAUUGAGCUAGUAUUUUAUUACAUUUGCUCGGAAGAAAGAUCAACUGAGGAAAAAAGUAAAGAUUUGCAUAAUAGUGCAAUGAACAACAUAGCCAACCAGUAUUUGAUGGACUCUAAGCCUAAGAAAAACAAUGAGAGAUAUUAAAUUAAAGAUGUAUCUAUAGAUAUGUAUACUUUCAUUAAUGCAUUUAACGAAUGCCGUAAAGAGCUGAUUAAGGAUUAAUUAUGGACGAAAUUCUUUGACCCACCUAAGAUUAACAAUAAAGUUUUGCAGCUGACUGACAUUUAGAUAAGUGAUAUGCUUAGAUUCUCUUAUCAAUAUGAUUUGAAACUAGUCGAGGAUCGAUACCGCUUCUUUGAAUUCCUAAGAUUAAUGUUUCCUAAUGGCAAUUACUUGUAUAACAAAAACUCUUAAAUGAAAGUGGGAAUCGGGAAAAAGGAAAACUUACUGAUUUAUAACCCUGAAUCUAAAAAUUUCCUUGUUCAAAUUGAAUAUAAUCAUGAAGGCAAAGAAAUCUAGGCCUUUUUGAUUAGAAAGGAUGAUUCAAAGAAAGCCAAUUAUAAAGAUACAGAGUCUUAUAUUGGCGGAUAUAGCUAAUUAUAAAAGCAGAAGGCUGUUAUUAGUUUGGAAAAAGACGAAAUGACUCUCGUAAAGAAACUUAUGAACUAUUUCGUAUUUUGGCUAUAUAAAAGAGCAGUCUGA